AUGAGGUGGUUUGUUGUAAUUGUAUGCCUAAUACAAGCAAUUGCAAGCUCAGAAGAAGUCAACAACCGAAACCGAGAUGAAAAUCCUGAAGUUCAUAUGAAUGUUAGUGAGGUGAUAUGCUAUCAAGGAUACCCCAGUGAGGACUAUGAAAUCUUGACAGAGGAUGGUUAUUAUUUGACAAUAUACAGAAUUCCCUUUGGAAAGAAAAAUCAAACCAGAGAUCCAAAGCCUGUUGUGCUUCUCCAACAUGGACUAUUUACAGAAGCUAGCAGCUGGAUUGCAAAUAUGGCCAACAACAGCCUUGGUUUCAUUUUAGCAGAUGCUGGCUAUGAUGUCUGGCUGGGAAACAGCAGAGGAACUAGCUGGUGUCAGAAACAUCAGAAUUUCUCCAUAAACCAAGAUGAAUUUUGGGAUUUCAGUUUCCAUGAAAUGGCCAUGUUUGAUAUUCCUGCAACAAUAAAUUUUAUUCUGCAGAAGACUGGGCAAAAGCAAUUAUAUUUCAUUGGCCAUUCUCAAGGCACUACUCUUGGUUUCAUAGCAUUUUCGACUUUUCCAAAGCUGUCACAAAAAAUCAAAAUGUUCGUUGCCUUGGCACCAUUGGUUUCUUUUAAGCAUACCUCAAUCCCUCAAAUAAGACUACUCCUCUUCCUUCCUGAAACCUUCAUCAAGAAAAUAUUCAUUAGCAAUGACAUCAUUUUCUCACGCAAGUCUGUGAGAGACACUGUCUUCAAGUUAUGUGAUACAGUUUUCAUGAAGAAGAUCUGUCUCUAUUUGUUUUCUUCAGGUGGAUUAAAUACAGCAAAUACAAAUAUGAGCCGAGCAGAUGUAUAUCUAUCUCACCUUCCAGAUGGGGGAUCAGUCAAAACCAUUCUUCACUGGAGACAGGUUUCAGCAUCAGGAUUAUUCAGAUAUUUUGACUAUGGAAGUGAGAAUCAGGCCAAAUAUAACCAGUCCUUUCCUCCUUCAUAUCAUUUAGAAGACAUGCCUGUACAAACUGCAAUAUGGUCUGCUGAAAAGGAUCCAAUAGCAGACCCCAAAGAUGAGUCUCUCUUACUUCCUCAGAUUAGUAACCUAGUUUACUAUCACAGCUUUUCGGACUGGAACCACUGGGAUUUUGUUUUAGGUCUUAAUGCCCCCCAGCGCCUGUACUAUAAACUCAUAGAAUUGAUGGAGAAAUCACUGUAA